AUGGUUGUCAGUCAAAACAAGUUCUCUCGGGUCCACGAUGCCGCUGGGUAUAUCAAUUCUGAGCUGCGCCGUCGUAACCUGUUGCAGGGUCAGCAGAAGAUUCUCUUCCGCAGUGUCGACGACGACGCGCUUCAAACGCAACUCGCGUCGAUCAACAAUGAUAAACUCCUGAUAAACACUUUCCACAAGCUGCUGCGAGCCCUAGAUGCCGCUGAAUCCCACCCCAGUUCUAAAAGUCCGCCUUCCAGCACCCCUUCUCCACCGUCACGCAGGCCACCACGCGAAUACUCAAGUCCUUCGGUUAAUUCGCGCACUGCACCAGAUCGCAUCUCGAAAUCGCGCCGUCAGGAUCUGGCAUCCUCCCGUAGAAAUGAAGUCCUUAUAGAACAACUGCGAGGAAAGCUGCACCGCCAUUCGGAAGAUAUGACAUGGAAAGUCGCACCGAUCGGCGAAGUGGCCCGCGAAAACGGCGACGAAGAUGCAUCAGGUAUCUUAGAAGCGGCCGAUCACACAAGUACAAUGUUGCAAGCUCUUUUUAAAAGUCGUGAUCGGAUGGCAUGUGCCCUGACGGGCCUUAAUGACUUUCUGCAAGCCUCCAACGCGUUCCUCUACACAAAAUACGUGCACGGUUGCGAUUGUCAGGUACCACAACCUGUCGAUCUAAGCCAAUCCGUAUCAACCAUCCAAACAGACCCCUCUGACACCAUUCAACACUUGCAAGAACUCGUGAACGACUGGCACGACAUCGCUAACCUUUUGGAACGUCACAUGUGA